UAGUACACAUUUCAACAUGAAGUUUUGAUUUUAAAGUUUUAUUUUUCUUCAAUUAUUUUUAAUAAUUAAAAUUAUGAUAAAUGUAUUUAAAAAAAUAUCUUAAGUAUGCAUCUAGGGAGUUACCACUUACGUAUCGUAAAUGCUAAUAUUAUAUGAAUGAAGUGAACGAAAACAUGGUUGUUUUUCAGCGUUCUUUUAAGUUUUUCAGUUAAAAACAGAUUUGUUCUGGUUUAUAUAAUGAAGCUUAGAAAACAGUCAGAAAUUUUAAUUUUUUGAUUUUGUUAGAAAACCAAAAUAACCUUUUAUUCCAAUAGUUGCAUCGCGAAGUGUUAUGUUAAUGGAUUUCUUGAUGGAUAUAAUCAUGAUGUUUAAGUAAUUUUAAUAAGAUAAGUGUUCAGAAUGGUUGUUGGAUCAACUUCAUAUCCAGGGAGGCAAGCGCUCCACAAGAUGCAGCCAAUGGGUAUGACACCUCGCGAGCUGUCCGAGUACGACGAUUUGGCAACGGCGCUCAUAGUGGACCCAUAUCUUGGAUUUACUACACAUAAAAUGAAUAUUCGUUAUAGGCCUUUGAAGACGAAUAAAGAAGAAUUAAAAAAUAUCAUCAAGGAGUUUAUUCAAACACAAGAUUAUAAUAAGGCAUAUUCAAAAUUAGCUAAUGGGGAGUGGAUGCCAAGGCACUUUAGUAAAAAUAAACAUCAACAGAAUAAACUAAGAGAACAUAUAUAUCGCUAUUUAAGGGUAUUUGAUAAGAAAGCUGGCUUUGUUAUUGAACCUUGUUAUAGAUAUUCAAUGGAAGGCCGCGUAGGAGCUAAAAUUUCUACAACCAAAAAAUUUUACAAGCAUGAGAGAAUAGAUUUUUUAGUUGGCUGUAUAGCUGAAAUGACAGAAGAAGAAGAAAAACAACUGUUACAUCCCGGAAAGAAUGAUUUUUCAGUAAUGUAUAGCUGCAGAAAAAAUUGUGCACAGUUGUGGCUGGGUCCUGCUGCUUACAUUAACCAUGACUGUAGACCCACUUGUACAUUUGAAGCAACAGACCGAGGCAAAGCAUUUGUUAGAGUUUUGAGAGACAUUGAAGUUGGUGAAGAGAUAACUUGUUAUUAUGGUGAAGACUUUUUUGGAAAUGGAAAUUGUUACUGUGAAUGUGAAACUUGUGAAAGAAGGUGUAAGGGCGCAUUUUCGGUUCAGAAUGCACAUAAUGAUGAACAAGCUACAAGGUAUAGAUUUAGAGAAACUGACAAUAGAAUUAAUAGAACUAAAGCAAAACUUAUACAAAAAUCUGUCAAUAAUAAAAAUAAUGAAAAACCUCGAAUAAACAGUCGACAGGUAUCUAACAUUGUAUCCCCAUUAAGUAUGAAAGAAAUGAAGCAAAAGGGUUUGACAAAGUAUGAUGCUGAACUUUUAAUGGCACAAGGCUGCAUUGCUGAUGUAGUAGAUGGUUCAGAGCAAAAGGACACUCAAGGCAGUAGGGAAUCUUCUGUAUCUAGCAGAAGUGAAAGAUUGAGACGACGUAGAGAUAGUGGUCGAGCAAUAAAUGGUACAACAGCUCACACUGCUACCUCACAAAGUCAGACUUCAUUCUCACGAUGUUGUAGUAUAACGAGUUCACGCAGCAGUAAUGAUUCUCACUCUGGUAUAGUUUUAAGAAGUCAUAAACGUCUGAUAGAUACAGGAUCUCAACCAACUUGUUCCAAAACCAGAAGCAAUUCCAAAAGCAGUACAGAGGCUAAGAUUUCAACAAAUCAUAUGGCUCCUAAAACUGAACCUGAUUUGCCUACAUUAGAAGAAAAUAAGCACAUAAAAAUAGAACCUAUAGAUAAUCAAAAGAUUGAAUGUGAGACAGAAACAAAUCCUGUGAAUGUUUGCAAAGCUGAGCCUGUAGGUCUAGAGAGUGAAUGUGAUACUAAGGAAUCUCUACUAGAUAAAAGUGAAGCAUGCACUCCAGUGAAAAUAGAUGAUUCUGAUGUCAGAGAAGAAAUUGAAACAAAUGAGUGUAGCAAAAAUGAAGAGUGUGUUAAAAGUGAAAUUUGUGACUUUAGAGAAAAUGUUAAACCUGUUGAUUCUAAUGAUAAUAAUAGUAACAAACAUCGAAAACCAGACGUAUUAAAUGUAAAUAGGACCGACGAAAUAAAAAAGGAGUCAGAGUCUGGCCCUCCAUGGGUAGCGAGUAGUGCAGAUAAGAGCAGUGACUGUCCAUGUACUCCUCCUCGAAGAGGUUUAAAAUUAACCUUGCGUGUGAAGAGAAGCCCUGUGGUAGAGGAAGUAAUGGAUUGUGGAAGUACAACAGAACAGCCUGAGUAUGAAGUAUUGCGACUUGAAGGUGUUGACCCUGAAACGGCACGUCGAAUUAAGAAACGACGUCGAUCAAAAGAACGACAUCGUAAACAUAGUCCUAUCCGUCCUCUGCCUCCUAUGAAACGCUUAAGGUUAAUAUUUGGUAAUGAAAGUCGUACUAUUGACUUACCCACUGCCAUCACGGCAGACUGACAGCCGCAACUACUUUAUUGUUAUAUUUCCACCGCUUUAUAUUCAAUUAUUAGUUUAAUUAUCUCAACUGACUAGGAUUAUGUUACAUAGUAUUUAUUUGAUGUGAGGUUUGGACUCAAAUGUGUGAUAGGCAUUAUUUAUUAUUGUUUUAAUUCCAUAAAUAUUAAUGAUAAAUUCAUCACUCAUUGACACAAAAAUUUAAGGUAAAAGCUAUGUAUUGGAAAAUAUGUUGUACUUGUUAUUACAAAUUAUAAAACUUAAUUUUGACUAAGGUAUGAAUGUCACAUCAGACCUUUUUGUGAAAUGGCUGGCCAUAGACCACAGAGCAGUUAAGAUGAUACUUUAUAUUUCAUCAAGUUGAAGUUGCAAAUCCCUAACCAGUUUUCCAUUGUUAUAUUCAUUCACUUCAUUCCAUAAACACAUAAAAUAGUAACACUUUUCUGAUCAAAUUAAAUAUUUGUAGUGGAUUAGAUCAUGUAAAUUAAAGUAUUUUGUAUAAAAUAAUGUUAAUUAAUGCAACAUUAGCAUUCUAAAAGCGUCGGAAUUACUUCUUUGAAACAAGGUCCUGGUUUUUUCUCCAUACUGAUCGAAUAAAUCAUUAGUGUUUCUUUUUUAUAUAAGACACCAGUGCAGGGUAUAUAAAUGUGUACAUAUAUGUAUAGUUUUUGUUUUAUUUAAAAAUUAACAUAUUUGGACAUUAGCUGAAUAUUUUAUGAUAAUGACAUGUAUUUUUAAACUCAUAAAAUUGGAUGUUGUGAUGGUUAAUUGUUAAGAGUUAUUUUAGUAGCUGGAUUUUGAAGCGACCAGGACCAAAAAAUUUGAUUUGUGAAUCGAAAUUUUAAAAUUCAUGUAAUUCCGGCCGUAACUGUAAAUAAAUAAUAGCAAACUGCGAUUUAAAUAAAUGUAUAAGUAAAUGGUGCGCAAGGCAAAAAUAAUCAGUGUCCCUAUGCACGGUAUCAAAGUUAUUUGUAUGCUCUCAGAUACAUGGUUUGGAUUUUUAGAUCAAUCUAAUUACUAGUCAUAUUGAAAAAUUGUGAAAGAAUUUCAUGUUAGAAGUUUUUUAAUUGAAAUUGAAUUUUCGACAUCUUAACCAUUUGGCUAUUAUUUUUUAAUAUCUAACAAGUUAGUAUUGAUUUUAACUUGCAAGCAAUCGAAAUUAAGCCAACAUUCUAUCAAAAAGUUCGAUUGGUAAGAAAUAUUUUCAAUUGUGGACAGUAUUAAUGCUUUGAAAUAUUUCAAUAAAUAUUGGCUCUCUGAAUAAUUCUAAAAUAAUAUAUUUUAAAUGCUCCUUUUAAAAAUAAAUGGUUUGUGAACCAUGAGAUUAAUUAAAUUACUUUGUGCAUGUUUGAUUGUCUGCAUUGGCUGAGACACAUUUAGCUUGCAAAUUGACUUAAAUAUUUUCAUCCUUAUACUUAAAUGUUGACUGGUCUCAUUCACUAGGGAUCUUUUUGUUAUACAAUAUUUUCUUAUUAGAACUCUGACUUGUCGUUAUGUUAUGAUGUGAUGCUGGACAUGUUAACAAUUUUUAUCUGAGUUGCUACUUGCUAGGAGUUUCCAGAGCUGCCCAAUGUUCAAUUGAAAGUUGCUGUGUUGAGCAACUGUACACAUUUUACUUGCAAUAUUUUAGAAAGUAUUCUAAAAUGGAUUUAUGUGAUGUUUUAUUCUGUUAACAUUGUUUCAAUCUCUUUAUUAAAAACAUUUGCUCAUCUUUUACUUAAUAAAUUAUCUUUAUUCAUUAAAAUAGUUAGCCAAUUUUAAGACUCCUGUGAUGCGCAUCAUUUACGUGUAAAAUUUCAUUGUUGGCAAUGUAUAAAUGUAAAUUCUAUUAGCUAGUGGUAAACUUAAAUGGAAUUAGCUUUUGUGAUAUUCCCAAAAGGAAUAGAAUAAUUAUAUAAGAAAUCAAUUGUAAUCAAUUGCUACUUGGCAACAAGACAGCAAUUAUUUUAUAGGACAUUUCUUUCAAUAAUAUGUAAUUAAAUGCCUCAAAUCCUAAUGUAUCGUGAUUUUUUUUGGAUGGAUUGGCAAUAGUAUUAAGUGUUUACAUUCAACUGCCUUAACUGUGAUUUUCAUCAAUAAAAAGUGUUGUUUUAGACAUUGUCACAUGUCUGUGUAUUAUUAAGGGUAGAAAUGAACCUGAAACAUAUUAUGUUUGGAGCACACAGCUGCAAGAACCUAAUAUAAUUAUAGAUAUGUAAUUAUUUAACAGUCUGAAUGUGUAAGUGUACAGAGUUAUGUACUUUAAAAAUAAAUAUUACGUAUCAGGCUGAA